AUGGCCGCCUCUUUUCUUUUGUUAGGACUCUUGGCUAUAACCUUUUCUGUUGCUCUGGCUGACCUUAGUCCCCUUCAAGAUUUCUGCGUUGGAGACAAAAACAGCACAGUGCUAGUGAAUGGUAUGCCAUGCAAGGACCCAAAACUGGCUCAAGCCAGUGAUUUCUUCUUCAGUGGACUUCACAUUGCAGGCAACACAUCGAAUCCAGUCCGAUCAAAGGUUCAAGCUGUAACUGCCACACAAAUACCAGGACUCAACACUCUUGGCAUCUCAAUUGUCCGUAUUGACUAUGCAAUGGGGGGCAUCAACCCUCCCCACACACAUCCUCGUGCCACCGAGAUCUUGACAGUCUUGGAAGGUAGCAUUGAAGUUGGGUUUGUCACAUCUAACCCCGACAAUCAACAAUUCACCAGAGUGCUACAAAAGGGUGAUGUGUUUGUUUUCCCAGUUGGUCUCAUCCACUUCCAGAGAAAUGUGGGACAUAGUAAUGCUGUUGCCAUUGCAGCUCUGAGCAGCCAAAACCCAGGUGUUAUCACUAUUGCAAAUGCAGUGUUUGGGUCUAAACCAGAUAUUUCUAGUGACAUCCUCGUCAAGGCUUUCCAGUUGGAUAAGAAUGUUAUCACUUACAUGCAGUCCAAAUUCUAG